UUCCACUCUCUGAGGACCAAUUUUCUCCCAUUUUCUUGCUCUUUCUUUCUUGGGUACUCAUAUUUUCAUUCUGAAAUCCUUUCCCAGAAAUUAAAUAGUAUGGAGAAGGAGGAUUCAGGCUCACACAAUCAUCAUCAGGUAGCUUCCAGCUUGAAUCAGAAUGAGCAGAAACAGCAGAAGGAGUUGGAAGAACAGCCUCAUCUUGAAGAAGAUUAUGAAUCUCCAACUUUCAAUCUGCAGAAUGUUUCAAAAGUGAUCCUUCCUCCAUUGGGUGCUUCAAGUUAUAAUCAGAAUCCAACUAACUCAAAAGGAUGGAUCAUAUCUCCAAUGGAUAGAAGAUACAGGUGUUGGGAGAGUUUAAUGGUGGUGCUGGUGGCAUACUCAGCAUGGGUGUAUCCCUUUGAAAUAGGGUUUCUGAUGUCAUCUCCAAAGCACAAAUUGUUCAUUGUGGAUAAUGUGGUUGAUCUCUUCUUUGCAGUUGACAUUGUUCUCACUUUCUUCCUUGCUUACAUUGAUCGUUCUACCCAGCUCCUUGUUCGAGACCCCAAAAAAAUUGCCCACAGGUACUUAUCAACAUGGUUCAUAAUGGACGUGGCAUCAACCAUACCAUAUGAGGCAUUGGGUUAUUUGAUCACAGGCAAACGCAAAGUGGCUCUUCCUUUCUUCCUUUUGGGUGUCCUUAGACUCUGGAGGCUUCGACGAGUCAAGCAAUACUUCACCAGGCUUGAGAAAGACAUCAGGUUCAACUAUUUUUUUAUCAGAUGCCUUAGACUUCUUUGUGUAACAUAUUUUAUAGCACACUGUGGUGGGUGUCUGUACUACCUACUAGCAGACGUGCAUUCAAAUUUAGGGAGGACAUGGAUUGGAACAGUAAAUCCCAAUUUCAAAGAGACAAGCAUUUGGAGAAGAUACAUAUCAGCCAUGUACUGGUCCCUCACCACCAUGACUACUGUAGGCUAUGGUGACUUCCAUGCUGUGAAUCCCAUAGAGAUGGCCUUCACCAUCUGCUAUAUGCUCUUCAAUCUUGGCCUCACUGCUUACUUGAUUGGCAACAUGACCAAUCUUGUGGUCCAAGGAACCGGUCGUACCAUGGAAUUCAGAAACAACAUUGAAGAAGCAUCAAAUUUUGCGCGCAGAAAUGGAGUAUCUGCGAGGCUGAAAGAGCAAAUCAUUUCUUAUAUGUUUUUAAGAUACAAGGCAGAGAGUAUGAACCAUCAUCAGCUUAUGGAACAACUGCCAAAAUCAAUACGCAAAAGCAUUUGUCAACACUUGUUCCUUCCAGCUGCAGAAAAAGUUUAUCUUUUCCAAGGUGUCUCAAGAGACAUCUUGUUGUCCUUGGCUGCAAAAAUGAAGGCUGAGUAUAUACCUCCAAAAGAAGAUGUGAUCAUGCAAGGUGAAUCAGCAGAGGAUGUUUACAUAAUCGUGUCUGGAGAAGUGGGGAUCAUUGAUUAUGUAAUGAACAAAGAGAAUAUUAUAGGGAUUUUACAAAGAUGGGACAUGUUUGGAGAAGUUGGGGCACUUUGUUGGAAGCCUCAGAGCUUUACUUACAGAACCAGGACUCUCACACAGCUCCUGAGGCUCAAAACCAGUGAUUUUACAGAGACAAUGCAGACUAGAAAAGAAGACAAUAGAAAAAUACUGGAAAAUUUCCUUCGGCAUUUGAAGAAGCUACACGAUAUAAGUUCUAGAGAAUUGCUGAUUGAUUUGAGCAGAGAAGAGGAUCCGAAUACGGCUGUGAACUUGUUACAUGUGGCCUCAACUGGCAAUGCUGCUUUUCUUGAAGAGCUUUUGAAGGCUGGCUUGGAUUCUGGUGUUACAGACUCCAAAGGCAGAACCCCAUUGCACAUAGCAGCAUUAAAUGGACACGAAGAGUGUGUAAAAGUGUUACUUAACCAUGCAUGCAAUAUACAUGCAAAAGACAUAAAUGGCAACACUGCAUUGUGGGACGCCAUAGCUUCAAAGCGUCACUCAAUAUUCAGAAUCCUGUACCAGCUUGCUGUGCUCUCGGAUCCACACACAGCAGGUGAUCUUCUUUGUAAAGCAGCAAAGAGAAAUGACCUAACAGUGAUGAGUGAGCUUUUAAAACAAGGCUUGAACAUAGAGUCCAAAGAUCACCAUGGUUCAACGCCAAUGCAAGUUGCCUUGCAAGAGAAUCAUUUGGAAAUGAUUCAAUUGCUUUUCAUGAAUGGCUCAGAUGUUGUUUCUGCUCUCAAUGAUAAACAUGAAGGAGGGCAAGACAAUAUUUUGGGAACAUAUAAUAAUAACAAUAGGCAAAUCCCUUCAAGAGUUAGCAUAUUUAGAGGCAAUCCUAUAUUGAGAAGACAACAAGGUUGCAUUGAACCUGGCAAGAUGAUAAAGUUCCCUCAGUCAAUAGAGGAGCUUAAGAGCAUUGCAGGUGAAAGAUUUGGGUUCGAUGCAAAAGAUGCGAUGGUGACUGAUGAAGGAGGAGCAGAACUAGAAUCUAUUGAUUUGAUCAGAGAUAAUGAUAAGCUUUUUAUUGUUGAAUAGUCAUAGCAUUGUAUGUAGUGUAAACUAGGAAACGCCACAUGUUUGAGGAAUGUUCAGGGAUUUCCCUAUCUACUUCCAAACACAACUGUAAAUAUAUCAUAUUUUGGUGUUUUGUUAAUUUGCAUAGCUGGAUUAAAAAAAAAAUCUCAUGUCAAAUACAAUUUAUUGUAACUGUAAUUAAUUUAUUGUUGCUCUUGUUUAUCUUUUAA